AUGAUUAGUCAAUAUGUUUAUGGGAUGUUAAGACUGGAUAAUAAAAAGCCAAAUUAGAUGGUCAUACUAAUUGUAUAAAUUCAGUAUGCUUCUCACCAGAUGGAACUACUUUAACAUCUGGAAGUGGUGAUAACUCAAUCCGAUUAUGGGAUGUUAAGAAUGGAUAAUAAAAAGCCUAAUUAGAUAGUUAUAAUGAAUAUGUCUUAUCUGUAUGCUUCUCACCCGACGGAACUAUUUUAGCGUGUGGAAGUGGUGAUGACUUUGGAAGCUUAGAUUGUUCAAUCAUAUUAUGGGAUGUUGAAACAGGAUAAUAAAAAGCCUAGUUAGAUGGUCAUAGUUAUACUGUCUGCUCUUUAUGUUUCUCACCAGAUGGAACUAUUUUAGCAUCUGGUAGUUGGGAUAACUCUAUCCGAUUAUGGGAUGUUAAGACUGAGUAAUAAAAAGCUAAAUUUGAUGGUCAUAGUCGUGAAGUCAAUUCAGUAUAAUUCUCACCAGAUGGAACUACUUUAGCAUCUGGAAGCGGUGAUAAUUCAAUUCGAUUAUGGGAUGUUAAGACUGGAUAAUAAAAAGUCUAAUUAGAUGGUCAUAGUAAUUCUGUCCAUUCAGUAUGCUUCUCACCAGAUGGAAAUACUUUAGCAUCUGGUAGUUGGGAUAACUCAAUUCGAUUAUGGGAUGUUAAGACAGGAUAAUAAAAAGCUAAAUUGAAUGGUCAUUGCGAUCCUGUCUCAUAAGUGUGUUUCUCACCAGAUGGAACUAUUUUAGUAUCUGGUAGCUAUGAUUAGUCAAUAUGUUUAUGGGAUGUUAAGACUGGAUAAUAAAAAGCCAAAUUAGAUGGUCAUACUAAUUGUAUAAAUUCAGUAUGCUUCUCACCAGAUGGAACUACUUUAACAUCUGGAAGUGGUGAUAACUCAAUCCGAUUAUGGGAUGUUAAGAAUGGAUAAUAAAAAGCCUAAUUAGAUAGUUAUAAUGAAUAUGUCUUAUCUGUAUGCUUCUCACCCGACGGAACUAUUUUAGCGUGUGGAAGUGGUGAUGACUUUGGAAGCUUAGAUUGUUCAAUCAUAUUAUGGGAUGUUGAAACAGGAUAAUAAAAAGCCUAGUUAGAUGGUCAUAGUUAUACUGUCUGCUCUUUAUGUUUCUCACCAGAUGGAACUAUUUUAGCAUCUGGUAGUUGGGAUAACUCUAUCCGAUUAUGGGAUGUUAAGACUGAGUAAUAAAAAGCUAAAUUUGAUGGUCAUAGUCGUGAAGUCAAUUCAGUAUAAUUCUCACCAGAUGGAACUACUUUAGCAUCUGGAAGCGGUGAUAAUUCAAUUCGAUUAUGGGAUGUUAAGACUGGAUAAUAAAAAGUCUAAUUAGAUGGUCAUAGUAAUUCUGUCCAUUCAGUAUGCUUCUCACCAGAUGGAAAUACUUUAGCAUCUGGUAGUUGGGAUAACUCAAUUCGAUUAUGGGAUGUUAAGACAGGAUAAUAAAAAGCUAAAUUGAAUGGUCAUUGCGAUCCUGUCUCAUAAGUGUGUUUCUCACCAGAUGGAACUAUUUUAGUAUCUGGUAGCUAUGAUUAGUCAAUAUGUUUAUGGGAUGUUAAGACUGGAUAAUAAAAAGCCAAAUUAGAUGGUCAUACUAAUUGUAUAAAUUCAGUAUGCUUCUCACCAGAUGGAACUACUUUAACAUCUGGAAGUGGUGAUAACUCAAUCCGAUUAUGGGAUGUUAAGAAUGGAUAAUAAAAAGCCUAAUUAGAUAGUUAUAAUGAAUAUGUCUUAUCUGUAUGCUUCUCACCCGACGGAACUAUUUUAGCGUGUGGAAGUGGUGAUGACUUUGGAAGCUUAGAUUGUUCAAUCAUAUUAUGGGAUGUUGAAACAGGAUAAUAAAAAGCCUAGUUAGAUGGUCAUAGUUAUACUGUCUGCUCUUUAUGUUUCUCACCAGAUGGAACUAUUUUAGCAUCUGGUAGUUGGGAUAACUCUAUCCGAUUAUGGGAUGUUAAGACUGAGUAAUAAAAAGCUAAAUUUGAUGGUCAUAGUCGUGAAGUCAAUUCAGUAUAAUUCUCACCAGAUGGAACUACUUUAGCAUCUGGAAGCGGUGAUAAUUCAAUUCGAUUAUGGGAUGUUAAGACUGGAUAAUAAAAAGUCUAAUUAGAUGGUCAUAGUAAUUCUGUCCAUUCAGUAUGCUUCUCACCAGAUGGAAAUACUUUAGCAUCUGGUAGUUGGGAUAACUCAAUUCGAUUAUGGGAUGUUAAGACAGGAUAAUAAAAAGCUAAAUUGAAUGGUCAUUGCGAUCCUGUCUCAUAAGUGUGUUUCUCACCAGAUGGAACUAUUUUAGUAUCUGGUAGCUAUGAUUAGUCAAUAUGUUUAUGGGAUGUUAAGACUGGAUAAUAAAAAGCCAAAUUAGAUGGUCAUACUAAUUGUAUAAAUUCAGUAUGCUUCUCACCAGAUGGAACUACUUUAACAUCUGGAAGUGGUGAUAACUCAAUCCGAUUAUGGGAUGUUAAGAAUGGAUAAUAAAAAGCCUAAUUAGAUAGUUAUAAUGAAUAUGUCUUAUCUGUAUGCUUCUCACCCGACGGAACUAUUUUAGCGUGUGGAAGUGGUGAUGACUUUGGAAGCUUAGAUUGUUCAAUCAUAUUAUGGGAUGUUGAAACAGGAUAAUAAAAAGCCUAGUUAGAUGGUCAUAGUUAUACUGUCUGCUCUUUAUGUUUCUCACCAGAUGGAACUAUUUUAGCAUCUGGUAGUUGGGAUAACUCUAUCCGAUUAUGGGAUGUUAAGACUGAGUAAUAAAAAGCUAAAUUUGAUGGUCAUAGUCGUGAAGUCAAUUCAGUAUAAUUCUCACCAGAUGGAACUACUUUAGCAUCUGGAAGCGGUGAUAAUUCAAUUCGAUUAUGGGAUGUUAAGACUGGAUAAUAAAAAGUCUAAUUAGAUGGUCAUAGUAAUUCUGUCCAUUCAGUAUGCUUCUCACCAGAUGGAAAUACUUUAGCAUCUGGUAGUUGGGAUAACUCAAUUCGAUUAUGGGAUGUUAAGACAGGAUAAUAAAAAGCUAAAUUGAAUGGUCAUUGCGAUCCUGUCUCAUAAGUGUGUUUCUCACCAGAUGGAACUAUUUUAGUAUCUGGUAGCUAUGAUUAGUCAAUAUGUUUAUGGGAUGUUAAGACUGGAUAAUAAAAAGCCAAAUUAGAUGGUCAUACUAAUUGUAUAAAUUCAGUAUGCUUCUCACCAGAUGGAACUACUUUAACAUCUGGAAGUGGUGAUAACUCAAUCCGAUUAUGGGAUGUUAAGAAUGGAUAAUAAAAAGCCUAAUUAGAUAGUUAUAAUGAAUAUGUCUUAUCUGUAUGCUUCUCACCCGACGGAACUAUUUUAGCGUGUGGAAGUGGUGAUGACUUUGGAAGCUUAGAUUGUUCAAUCAUAUUAUGGGAUGUUGAAACAGGAUAAUAAAAAGCCUAGUUAGAUGGUCAUAGUUAUACUGUCUGCUCUUUAUGUUUCUCACCAGAUGGAACUAUUUUAGCAUCUGGUAGUUGGGAUAACUCUAUCCGAUUAUGGGAUGUUAAGACUGAGUAAUAAAAAGCUAAAUUUGAUGGUCAUAGUCGUGAAGUCAAUUCAGUAUAAUUCUCACCAGAUGGAACUACUUUAGCAUCUGGAAGCGGUGAUAAUUCAAUUCGAUUAUGGGAUGUUAAGACUGGAUAAUAAAAAGUCUAAUUAGAUGGUCAUAGUAAUUCUGUCCAUUCAGUAUGCUUCUCACCAGAUGGAAAUACUUUAGCAUCUGGUAGUUGGGAUAACUCAAUUCGAUUAUGGGAUGUUAAGACAGGAUAAUAAAAAGCUAAAUUGAAUGGUCAUUGCGAUCCUGUCUCAUAAGUGUGUUUCUCACCAGAUGGAACUAUUUUAGUAUCUGGUAGCUAUGAUUAGUCAAUAUGUUUAUGGGAUGUUAAGACUGGAUAAUAAAAAGCCAAAUUAGAUGGUCAUACUAAUUGUAUAAAUUCAGUAUGCUUCUCACCAGAUGGAACUACUUUAACAUCUGGAAGUGGUGAUAACUCAAUCCGAUUAUGGGAUGUUAAGAAUGGAUAAUAAAAAGCCUAAUUAGAUAGUUAUAAUGAAUAUGUCUUAUCUGUAUGCUUCUCACCCGACGGAACUAUUUUAGCGUGUGGAAGUGGUGAUGACUUUGGAAGCUUAGAUUGUUCAAUCAUAUUAUGGGAUGUUGAAACAGGAUAAUAAAAAGCCUAGUUAGAUGGUCAUAGUUAUACUGUCUGCUCUUUAUGUUUCUCACCAGAUGGAACUAUUUUAGCAUCUGGUAGUUGGGAUAACUCUAUCCGAUUAUGGGAUGUUAAGACUGAGUAAUAAAAAGCUAAAUUUGAUGGUCAUAGUCGUGAAGUCAAUUCAGUAUAAUUCUCACCAGAUGGAACUACUUUAGCAUCUGGAAGCGGUGAUAAUUCAAUUCGAUUAUGGGAUGUUAAGACUGGAUAAUAAAAAGUCUAAUUAGAUGGUCAUAGUAAUUCUGUCCAUUCAGUAUGCUUCUCACCAGAUGGAAAUACUUUAGCAUCUGGUAGUUGGGAUAACUCAAUUCGAUUAUGGGAUGUUAAGACAGGAUAAUAAAAAGCUAAAUUGAAUGGUCAUUGCGAUCCUGUCUCAUAAGUGUGUUUCUCACCAGAUGGAACUAUUUUAGUAUCUGGUAGCUAUGAUUAGUCAAUAUGUUUAUGGGAUGUUAAGACUGGAUAAUAAAAAGCCAAAUUAGAUGGUCAUACUAAUUGUAUAAAUUCAGUAUGCUUCUCACCAGAUGGAACUACUUUAACAUCUGGAAGUGGUGAUAACUCAAUCCGAUUAUGGGAUGUUAAGAAUGGAUAAUAAAAAGCCUAAUUAGAUAGUUAUAAUGAAUAUGUCUUAUCUGUAUGCUUCUCACCCGACGGAACUAUUUUAGCGUGUGGAAGUGGUGAUGACUUUGGAAGCUUAGAUUGUUCAAUCAUAUUAUGGGAUGUUGAAACAGGAUAAUAAAAAGCCUAGUUAGAUGGUCAUAGUUAUACUGUCUGCUCUUUAUGUUUCUCACCAGAUGGAACUAUUUUAGCAUCUGGUAGUUGGGAUAACUCUAUCCGAUUAUGGGAUGUUAAGACUGAGUAAUAAAAAGCUAAAUUUGAUGGUCAUAGUCGUGAAGUCAAUUCAGUAUAAUUCUCACCAGAUGGAACUACUUUAGCAUCUGGAAGCGGUGAUAAUUCAAUUCGAUUAUGGGAUGUUAAGACUGGAUAAUAAAAAGUCUAAUUAGAUGGUCAUAGUAAUUCUGUCCAUUCAGUAUGCUUCUCACCAGAUGGAAAUACUUUAGCAUCUGGUAGUUGGGAUAACUCAAUUCGAUUAUGGGAUGUUAAGACAGGAUAAUAAAAAGCUAAAUUGAAUGGUCAUUGCGAUCCUGUCUCAUAAGUGUGUUUCUCACCAGAUGGAACUAUUUUAGUAUCUGGUAGCUAUGAUUAGUCAAUAUGUUUAUGGGAUGUUAAGACUGGAUAAUAAAAAGCCAAAUUAGAUGGUCAUACUAAUUGUAUAAAUUCAGUAUGCUUCUCACCAGAUGGAACUACUUUAACAUCUGGAAGUGGUGAUAACUCAAUCCGAUUAUGGGAUGUUAAGAAUGGAUAAUAAAAAGCCUAAUUAGAUAGUUAUAAUGAAUAUGUCUUAUCUGUAUGCUUCUCACCCGACGGAACUAUUUUAGCGUGUGGAAGUGGUGAUGACUUUGGAAGCUUAGAUUGUUCAAUCAUAUUAUGGGAUGUUGAAACAGGAUAAUAAAAAGCCUAGUUAGAUGGUCAUAGUUAUACUGUCUGCUCUUUAUGUUUCUCACCAGAUGGAACUAUUUUAGCAUCUGGUAGUUGGGAUAACUCUAUCCGAUUAUGGGAUGUUAAGACUGAGUAAUAAAAAGCUAAAUUUGAUGGUCAUAGUCGUGAAGUCAAUUCAGUAUAAUUCUCACCAGAUGGAACUACUUUAGCAUCUGGAAGCGGUGAUAAUUCAAUUCGAUUAUGGGAUGUUAAGACUGGAUAAUAAAAAGUCUAAUUAGAUGGUCAUAGUAAUUCUGUCCAUUCAGUAUGCUUCUCACCAGAUGGAAAUACUUUAGCAUCUGGUAGUUGGGAUAACUCAAUUCGAUUAUGGGAUGUUAAGACAGGAUAAUAAAAAGCUAAAUUGAAUGGUCAUUGCGAUCCUGUCUCAUAAGUGUGUUUCUCACCAGAUGGAACUAUUUUAGUAUCUGGUAGCUAUGAUUAGUCAAUAUGUUUAUGGGAUGUUAAGACUGGAUAAUAAAAAGCCAAAUUAGAUGGUCAUACUAAUUGUAUAAAUUCAGUAUGCUUCUCACCAGAUGGAACUACUUUAACAUCUGGAAGUGGUGAUAACUCAAUCCGAUUAUGGGAUGUUAAGAAUGGAUAAUAAAAAGCCUAAUUAGAUAGUUAUAAUGAAUAUGUCUUAUCUGUAUGCUUCUCACCCGACGGAACUAUUUUAGCGUGUGGAAGUGGUGAUGACUUUGGAAGCUUAGAUUGUUCAAUCAUAUUAUGGGAUGUUGAAACAGGAUAAUAAAAAGCCUAGUUAGAUGGUCAUAGUUAUACUGUCUGCUCUUUAUGUUUCUCACCAGAUGGAACUAUUUUAGCAUCUGGUAGUUGGGAUAACUCUAUCCGAUUAUGGGAUGUUAAGACUGAGUAAUAAAAAGCUAAAUUUGAUGGUCAUAGUCGUGAAGUCAAUUCAGUAUAAUUCUCACCAGAUGGAACUACUUUAGCAUCUGGAAGCGGUGAUAAUUCAAUUCGAUUAUGGGAUGUUAAGACUGGAUAAUAAAAAGUCUAAUUAGAUGGUCAUAGUAAUUCUGUCCAUUCAGUAUGCUUCUCACCAGAUGGAAAUACUUUAGCAUCUGGUAGUUGGGAUAACUCAAUUCGAUUAUGGGAUGUUAAGACAGGAUAAUAAAAAGCUAAAUUGAAUGGUCAUUGCGAUCCUGUCUCAUAAGUGUGUUUCUCACCAGAUGGAACUAUUUUAGUAUCUGGUAGCUAUGAUUAGUCAAUAUGUUUAUGGGAUGUUAAGACUGGAUAAUAAAAAGCCAAAUUAGAUGGUCAUACUAAUUGUAUAAAUUCAGUAUGCUUCUCACCAGAUGGAACUACUUUAACAUCUGGAAGUGGUGAUAACUCAAUCCGAUUAUGGGAUGUUAAGAAUGGAUAAUAAAAAGCCUAAUUAGAUAGUUAUAAUGAAUAUGUCUUAUCUGUAUGCUUCUCACCCGACGGAACUAUUUUAGCGUGUGGAAGUGGUGAUGACUUUGGAAGCUUAGAUUGUUCAAUCAUAUUAUGGGAUGUUGAAACAGGAUAAUAAAAAGCCUAGUUAGAUGGUCAUAGUUAUACUGUCUGCUCUUUAUGUUUCUCACCAGAUGGAACUAUUUUAGCAUCUGGUAGUUGGGAUAACUCUAUCCGAUUAUGGGAUGUUAAGACUGAGUAAUAAAAAGCUAAAUUUGAUGGUCAUAGUCGUGAAGUCAAUUCAGUAUAAUUCUCACCAGAUGGAACUACUUUAGCAUCUGGAAGCGGUGAUAAUUCAAUUCGAUUAUGGGAUGUUAAGACUGGAUAAUAAAAAGUCUAAUUAGAUGGUCAUAGUAAUUCUGUCCAUUCAGUAUGCUUCUCACCAGAUGGAAAUACUUUAGCAUCUGGUAGUUGGGAUAACUCAAUUCGAUUAUGGGAUGUUAAGACAGGAUAAUAAAAAGCUAAAUUGAAUGGUCAUUGCGAUCCUGUCUCAUAAGUGUGUUUCUCACCAGAUGGAACUAUUUUAGUAUCUGGUAGCUAUGAUUAGUCAAUAUGUUUAUGGGAUGUUAAGACUGGAUAAUAAAAAGCCAAAUUAGAUGGUCAUACUAAUUGUAUAAAUUCAGUAUGCUUCUCACCAGAUGGAACUACUUUAACAUCUGGAAGUGGUGAUAACUCAAUCCGAUUAUGGGAUGUUAAGAAUGGAUAAUAAAAAGCCUAAUUAGAUAGUUAUAAUGAAUAUGUCUUAUCUGUAUGCUUCUCACCCGACGGAACUAUUUUAGCGUGUGGAAGUGGUGAUGACUUUGGAAGCUUAGAUUGUUCAAUCAUAUUAUGGGAUGUUGAAACAGGAUAAUAAAAAGCCUAGUUAGAUGGUCAUAGUUAUACUGUCUGCUCUUUAUGUUUCUCACCAGAUGGAACUAUUUUAGCAUCUGGUAGUUGGGAUAACUCUAUCCGAUUAUGGGAUGUUAAGACUGAGUAAUAAAAAGCUAAAUUUGAUGGUCAUAGUCGUGAAGUCAAUUCAGUAUAAUUCUCACCAGAUGGAACUACUUUAGCAUCUGGAAGCGGUGAUAAUUCAAUUCGAUUAUGGGAUGUUAAGACUGGAUAAUAAAAAGUCUAAUUAGAUGGUCAUAGUAAUUCUGUCCAUUCAGUAUGCUUCUCACCAGAUGGAAAUACUUUAGCAUCUGGUAGUUGGGAUAACUCAAUUCGAUUAUGGGAUGUUAAGACAGGAUAAUAAAAAGCUAAAUUGAAUGGUCAUUGCGAUCCUGUCUCAUAAGUGUGUUUCUCACCAGAUGGAACUAUUUUAGUAUCUGGUAGCUAUGAUUAGUCAAUAUGUUUAUGGGAUGUUAAGACUGGAUAAUAAAAAGCCAAAUUAGAUGGUCAUACUAAUUGUAUAAAUUCAGUAUGCUUCUCACCAGAUGGAACUACUUUAACAUCUGGAAGUGGUGAUAACUCAAUCCGAUUAUGGGAUGUUAAGAAUGGAUAAUAAAAAGCCUAAUUAGAUAGUUAUAAUGAAUAUGUCUUAUCUGUAUGCUUCUCACCCGACGGAACUAUUUUAGCGUGUGGAAGUGGUGAUGACUUUGGAAGCUUAGAUUGUUCAAUCAUAUUAUGGGAUGUUGAAACAGGAUAAUAAAAAGCCUAGUUAGAUGGUCAUAGUUAUACUGUCUGCUCUUUAUGUUUCUCACCAGAUGGAACUAUUUUAGCAUCUGGUAGUUGGGAUAACUCUAUCCGAUUAUGGGAUGUUAAGACUGAGUAAUAAAAAGCUAAAUUUGAUGGUCAUAGUCGUGAAGUCAAUUCAGUAUAAUUCUCACCAGAUGGAACUACUUUAGCAUCUGGAAGCGGUGAUAAUUCAAUUCGAUUAUGGGAUGUUAAGACUGGAUAAUAAAAAGUCUAAUUAGAUGGUCAUAGUAAUUCUGUCCAUUCAGUAUGCUUCUCACCAGAUGGAAAUACUUUAGCAUCUGGUAGUUGGGAUAACUCAAUUCGAUUAUGGGAUGUUAAGACAGGAUAAUAAAAAGCUAAAUUGAAUGGUCAUUGCGAUCCUGUCUCAUAAGUGUGUUUCUCACCAGAUGGAACUAUUUUAGUAUCUGGUAGCUAUGAUUAGUCAAUAUGUUUAUGGGAUGUUAAGACUGGAUAAUAAAAAGCCAAAUUAGAUGGUCAUACUAAUUGUAUAAAUUCAGUAUGCUUCUCACCAGAUGGAACUACUUUAACAUCUGGAAGUGGUGAUAACUCAAUCCGAUUAUGGGAUGUUAAGAAUGGAUAAUAAAAAGCCUAAUUAGAUAGUUAUAAUGAAUAUGUCUUAUCUGUAUGCUUCUCACCCGACGGAACUAUUUUAGCGUGUGGAAGUGGUGAUGACUUUGGAAGCUUAGAUUGUUCAAUCAUAUUAUGGGAUGUUGAAACAGGAUAAUAAAAAGCCUAGUUAGAUGGUCAUAGUUAUACUGUCUGCUCUUUAUGUUUCUCACCAGAUGGAACUAUUUUAGCAUCUGGUAGUUGGGAUAACUCUAUCCGAUUAUGGGAUGUUAAGACUGAGUAAUAAAAAGCUAAAUUUGAUGGUCANAUAUUCCUUUCAAUUUGA